UGCAGGGGACAAUAGUGAUGGUGAUGAUGAGGACAAUGUGGUGCUAGAGAACACUACUGUAGAUGAAUGUCACCCCAUUGAAGACCCAAAUGCUCCACCAAUCUUUGACAGUGAUGAAGAAAAUGAUAUUGAUUAUGAAGAUAUUGUCAAGACAUACAAAGUUGGAGAUGAAAGCAGUGAUUCAAGCAGUAGUGAAGAAGACAAUGAAGAAGUUUCUAAUGAUGACAAGAAUAAUGAUAAGGAUAAUGAUGGUCCUGAAGUAAAUGAUGAUAAAUAUUCCAAACCAAAGCUUGAUUACCAGAAGUGGAAAGAAAUGUUCAAUAUGCACAGUGAUGAAGAAGAAGAACCAUUAUUCCCUGUAGAAGAAGAGGUGACUCCUGUUGAUCCUACUAAGAUGGAGGUAAAGUAUGCUUUUAAUAACAAGAGUGCUUAUAAGAAACAUCUUAGGGGUUACUGUGUAAAACAUAAUUAUCAGUAUACGGUCUAUAAGAGUGACAAAACAAGAUUAAGAGUGAGAUGUAGGUUUAGGGAAGAGUAUGGCUGUAACUGGUUUGUAAAUGCUAGCAUAAAAAGGCAUGAGCCUACUUUUAUUGUUAGGAAGGUUAAUCUAGAACACACUUGUGUUGCGGAUCCAAAGAGUUUUAACAGAUCCGCGGAUCCUGAGUUCGUAAAAGAUGUGGUACAUGAGAAGUUAAAGCAGACAGCUGGGGCCUUAAUUCCAAAGCCUAAACACAUUGCAAGAGACUUUUUUGUAACUCAUAACAUCAAUAUACCUUAUAUUUGUGCAUGGAAGGCUAGAAAUCUUCUUUUAGAAGAUCUGUUUGGUAAUUAUGAAGACAGCUACAAGGAUGUACCCAUCUUUUGUGCAAUGGUGGCUCAUACUAAUCCAGGGUCUGUUGCUAAAUACACUUAUGGGAAAAGAGAUAAGACAUUCAUGAGCAUGACUAUUUCAUUUGCUGCACCAAUGAGAGGAUUUCAGAAAGCUUGCAGGGGAGUCAUAGGUUUAGAUGCAUGCCAUCUAACUGGCAAGCGUGGUGGUGUUCUAAUGGCUGAGUGA